UAGAGUUGAAUAAAGUAGACAAAGUAAAAGAUGGGAAGAAAACUCUUAUGCCUUCUGGUAGCUUCAACUUUGAUAGCCUACUACAUCUACCAGCCUUUACCAGAGAAUGUGGAGGAGCCCUGGAAGCUGACCCUUUUAGAAGCUAGCAUUAGAAGCCUAAACCAUGCAGCCACAAUUGUGGAGAAGUUGGGUCUUGGACGCUAUAUAGAUGUUAUAAAUCUGUACAUGAUGACUGGAUAUACAGCACCUACAUCUGAUGAAAAAGUUAUUGUAACAGACACAGAAUUUAGCCAUAUUCCAGUACGUCUUUACAUUCCUACAAAGCAGUCAGAUGUCUUGAAAAGAGCAGUGAUUUUCAUCCAUGGAGGUGGAUGGUGUUCAGCAUCAGCAAGAAUGAAAGCCUAUGACCUCUUAUCAAGAUGGACAUCAGAAAGACUAAAUGCUGUUGUGGUGUCAGUCGAUUACAGACUAGCUCCAAAAUAUCGGUUCCCAGUUGCAUUUGAAGAUGUGUACUCAGUAUCAAAAUACUUUCUACAAAGCAGCAUUCUGGAGAAAUAUAAUGUAGACCCAAGCCGCAUCGCCAUUGCAGGAGACAGCGCAGGAGGUAACUUAGCUGCAGCUGUAACCCAGCAGAUUCUAGAUGACCCUGACAUCAAAACUAAAUUCAAGAUUCAAGCUUUAUUGUAUCCUGUUCUUCAGACUAUUGAUCUGGAAUUGCCAUCCUAUCAGGAUAAUAAAAACAUGCCAAUUCUGUCUAAAACAUUAAUGGUCAGAUUACUCAGUGAAUAUAUUACAUCAAAUGACUCUUUUUCCAAAGCUUUAGAGAGUAACCAACAUGUUCCUGCAGAGUUCAACCAUUUGUUUAAAUUUGUAAACUGGAGUAAGUGGCUACCUGAAAAAUUUAAAAAAGGCCACAUUUACACUGACCCAUCACAUAGAAAUUCCAAAACUGGACACAAAUAUCCAGGUUUACUGGAUCCAAGGCUGGCACCACUUUUAGUUGAGGACAUUAAGCUUUGGGGCUUACCACUUACAUAUGUCCUCACUUGUCAAUAUGAUGUCUUGAGGGAUGAUGGAAUCAUGUAUGUUUCCCGUCUUAGGGAAGCAGGAGUUGAGGUAACACACGAACAUGUUGACAAUUUUUUUCAUGGUGUUGUAUCAUUUAUUACAGGCCCUUUUGCCUUAAAUAUAGGACAAAGAAUGGCUAACAACUACAUUGAGUGGCUAAAUAAGAACCUGUGAAAACACACCUAUACCACCUGAAGAUGGUUGCUUUGGAUUCAUUUGGUUUUAUUCAAUUUAUAUUGUUUGUUUCAGGGACAUUAUCCUUUUGGUGAAUAACCAAAGUCUGCAGUUAUUAUACUUGAUAUAGAAUCUCUUGUUUCCUGCUGUUUGAAUAAGUAUGAGAAGCUUGGUAGAAUAUGUGGGGGAGUUGUAUAGCCAUUAAAUGAUUAAUAAUUUAAAAUGAAAAAUAAAGCUUCUUUUGACUAUUUCAUAUGUGAAUUUAUAGACUUGAAUCUUGAUGUUAUUCAGGAUUGUUUUAAAAGUCAUGAUUCAUUUCUAAACACUUUUGGUACCAGUGAAAUGUGUUCCAGUGAGUUUUCUUAGGUAACUUGUUCCUUUUGGCACGCAACCAGUAUGAAUAUCUGGCUGCAGACCAUUGUAAGUUCUUGAGUAGCAUUUAAUGAAUAAAACCUCUUGUUUUCUCUUGAUUGGAUAUUGCAUGAAUGGUGUCAAAGGAAAUGGGUGUGAUAGUGCCUAUAAAUUUAUCUUUGAUUCAA